UGAAAACAAUUUUUUUCGGUGACAAACAUAUAUUUAUAUACAAGUUUUGUUCUUAUUAUUAAAAAUUCAAGUUUAUUUUUUUUUAUCCAAAUGACUAAUCAAAACGGCCAAUUGAUUUUGCAAACUUUGCAAAAUUUAGAUGAACCCUCGACAAUUUUGAAAAUUUCGAAAAAGAUAGCCGAUACAGUGGGCGCAGACAUAAAUGAUGUAAAAGAUUCCGUCAAAGCCACUUUAGAUGGCGGUGUGCAAUAUGGAUAUGUGCAACGGCUUAAUCGCAAAUAUUUUGCAGCUCCUCUUGAGCUAGAAGCAUUAGAUGAUUCCGAAGUCAAUAAUGCUCAAGAUAUGAAAGCAUUGCAAGAUCGUUCUGCAAGAAGGCGACGGGGGUCACGUAGAAGUCGACGGCGUGUGGGUAGUCGACGCAGACGUCGAUCUCGCCGUUAAAGUUUUGGCAAAAAUUAGUGUUUUUUAUUUUAUGUAUAUGAAAAUUUAUUGUGUUGAAAUUGUAUUUUGUUUAAUGGAAAAUUUCAUUGUAAAUUAGUUGGAAUUUCAAUAAAGUUUUCGAAGAAGUUUGACAUUAA